AUGCAGUAUCAAAAAUCACGGUUUCAAGAGUUUGGUCACAGUAUGGUUCUUCUGGUGAAUCGUAAAGGAUGCUACUCCAUUCCUGGGAUUUUACAGGUCCUAGAUCACAAAAUGACAAUGUUAGCCGCUUUCGGCCGUGGAAAACUCGCGGAUAAAUGUGAACGUCUAAAAGAAAUCCUUGCGGACAUAGUGGAUUUGGAGUGGGUGGAAAAAAUGGCAGAGACGUUUGGGAUGGAACGCGUUUUGUGUCAUGGUGAUUUGCAUUGCCAUAAUAUUCUGUGGAGACAAAACGCAACUCUGUCAAGUAUUCUUCAGAUAGCUCAUUUUGGAUGUCCAGUAAUCGACCUUGCACGGUUACUCUGCGGAAGCUUAAGUGGUGCUGAUCGACGGACACAUUGGGAGCAACUGUUGGAAGAUUUCUACGGCUACCUCAAAAAAGAAGUAGGCGACAACAAGAUGCCAUACACUCUUGAACAGCUCAAGAAAGCCUACCGUCAAUACUUUCCAACUGGAGCCUUCAUGAUAGCGACUUUCAUAGGACCACAUUUCGAAUGGGUUCGCAAAAGCUCCAAUGAGGACCUGAUGGAGGUACCAGAAUUCGUUUAUGAAUGUAACAUUUUGACUUGUAACUGUUCACCUGUACAGGGUAUCGACGAUGUCAUGGAAAAAACCGAGUGCCUCCUUGACGACAUCUUCUUCUUUUACAAUCAAAAUAUGGAACUCCGAAGAANUGUACUUGAGUUGGCAAAGUGA